CAGAAGCAGCUUUGACACUGGUGAAGCUCUGAUACCCGGGGGGAGUAUUCUUCACUCUCUUUUGACUUGACAACAUCAGACCAGAGGAUAAAGAAAUUAACUGUGAGAAUCAUCAUUCUGCAAGAUUAAAAACAUGGAGUUUUCGACUUCAGACUAUGAUUAUAGUCAGCCUACAUAUUACCCAGAUGAAGGGCUCUGCAACCUCGACCCUAACCCCAUGGAGGUCACCAUCCAAACAUACAUCCACUCCAUCAUCUGUGCCUUCGGCCUGAUCGGCAACGCUCUCGUGAUCGUCACCUACACAUUCUACAAGAGAACCAAGACGAUGACAGAUGUCUAUCUCUUCAACGUAGCUGUGGCCGACCUGAUCUUUGUGGUGGCUCUGCCAUUUAUCAUCUACAAUGAGCAGCACAGUUGGUUAAUGGGUCCUGCGGCUUGCAAGAUGCUGAGGUCAGCCUACAGUAUCAACCUCUACAGUGGCAUGCUCCUGCUUGCGUGCAUUAGUGGCGACCGCUACGUUGCUAUAGUUCAGGCCAGAAGAUCCUUCGGCACACGCUCACAUGCUCUGAUCUACAGCCGCCUCAUCUGCUCAGCUGUUUGGGUGUUUGCAGUGGCUUUAACUCUGCCCACACUCCUUUACACUGAACGCUUUGAAGAGCAGAAUCUGGGGGCUGACACUGUCACCAUGAUGUGUCAGCUGUCUUUCAGUAAGAAUGAAACAGCAAAGCUAAUGAAGGUGGUGGUUCCCAGCCUUCAAAUGGCCAUCGGCUUCCUGCUGCCUCUGUUGGUGAUGGUGUUCUGCUACGCCAGCAUUGUGUAUACCUUACUGAGAGCACAGAGCAGCCAGAGGCACAAGGCUGUCCGUGUGAUUUUAGCAGUUGUUGUGGUUUUCAUCGUGUGCCACCUUCCCUACAAUGUGACUCUGCUGAACCACACUCUGUCUCUUUUUAAGCAGAGGAGUUGUGAGGCAGAAAAGAUGAAACUCCAAGUGCUGGCCAUUUCCAGGAGCAUAGCCUACCUCCACUGCUGCCUCAAUCCCAUCCUCUACGCCUUCAUUGGCGUGAAGUUCAGAAGCCACUUCCGGCAGAUAAUGUUGGAUUUCUGGUGCUUUAGCAAAAAGUACAUCUACACAACUCGCUCGUCACGUGCCACUUCCGACAUUUGCAUCUCAGGUCGCGUGUCUUCAGAUGGUUGCAACAACAUGUCAUCAUUCACUGCAUGACACAGCAGUGGUACAAACCUUCU